CGCACGUGCGGCCCCGCCCUCGGGGGCGGGCACUCGCGGGGCUCAAGAUGGCGGCCGGCCGCUACCGGCGUUUUCUUAAGCUCUGUGAGGAGUGGCCCGUGGACGAGACCAAACGGGGCCGAGACUUGGGUGCUUACCUGCGGCAGCGGGUGGCACAGGCCUUUCGGGAGGGAGAGAACAGCAAGGUCCAGGAGCCCGAGGUCUGCGACGAGAUGUACGAGAGCUUGGCGAGGCUGCAUUCGAACUACUACAAACACAAGUACCCUCGUCCCAGAGAAACAAGCUUCAGCGGCCUGUCCCUGGAGGAAUACAAGCUGAUCCUGUCCACAGAUGCCCUCGACUGGGAAACCCUUCCGGGACCUUUUGGAGGCCGUGUCUGCCUGACACAAGGACCCCUCCAACUCUGCCACCACCUUUGUCUGCUUUCUGAAUCCCCCCUGGGGGUGCUCAGGGACAGCGUGGUGCCAGGGAGGGAGCCCCGGCCCCUGGCGUGCAGCCAUCGGCGGCCCCAUCGCCACCUGUUCCUGAGUGCCAGAUAAGUCACCUCCGUUACUUCCUCGCGUCCCACAGCCUUCCAGGCAGGUAUCUGUGUCCCUUUUACUGAGUCCCGUAGGAUGAAGAAAUUGACUUAACAGGACUUGGCAGGGGAUGGGGGUUGGGGGGUCCCCCUCCUUGUGGCUGCACACCAAGGAAGGGUGCUGAGCUAGCGAGCCCCAAGACAGACCCAGAGACACUGUGCCCGCAGGGUGUGGGCUGGAGCUCGGGGCGAGGGGGGCCCCCGCCGAGAGCCCACAGCUGCCCCUCACAGUUCCUUUCCCAUUGCCUUA